AUGCAUGUCAGGAGACGAGACGAGACUCUGCAUGGCACUGAGAAGCGCUUCUAUGUUGUGUUGACUUUGAGAUUGGAGAGAGGAGCUGAGACAGGCUUCCUGCUGAAUGCACGAGUGUCCCGAGAUGCAGUGUGCCGGAGCAGAACCCAGCUGAUACCCUGUGGGAACGUAGAGCCGGAUGCUUGCCCGGAGCAUCUGGUGGUCCUCGGGGCCAACUAUAUCCUUAUGUGUGCCUUCUACUCAGCCCCACACAGUCCUUCCAAUGUCCCCCAGGAACUACUGAUAGCAAGAGCAGGCGUCGGGAGCCGCGCGGGGCUGGGGACUGCCCCAGCGCGCGGCGCUGAUUGGCAGAGCGGGCGCCGCCGUCCAGGAAACGGCUCGGGUUUCAGCGGGGGGCGUGACCCGCCCGAGGAGGCUGCGGCGGCGGCGCGGGCGGCGCGGGGAGAGCGCCGGGAGAGGCGAGCGGCGGCGGCGGGCUGUCUGUGUGUCCCUGGCCCGGCGUGGCGACUGCUCUCCGGGCUGGCGGGGGCCGGGCGUGAGCCCCCGGGCCUCAGCGUUCCUGAGCGCUGCGAGUGUUCACCACUCGCCAGCAAAGUUUGGAGUAGGGAACGCCAAGCCCCAGUUCUUUCUUCUGCUGCUGCCCAGAUCCGAAGGCAGCUCCGGCGUCAUGUCCGCGCUGUUCUGCGAUCCCCAGCGCGCGUGAAGCCUCCGAACCUUGGCGCCCGCUUCGACCCAAGGGAUCAUUCUCUUUUUGGAGUUUUCCUCCGAGCUCAUCGCCUGCUCCAUCCCGACCCACUCAGGGCUCCGGCGCAACACCGAGCGCAGAGGAGCGCUGCCAUUCAAGUUGCCCUUGAGAGGAAGGAAGGUCAAGUUGCUUCAGCAACCUGGUGGCUUGAUAGUGGAUGGAAGGGCGCACUGCGUGGCUGGGUGGCUGGGUCCUAUAGCGAUGGUUUAUCUUUGUGUGUCUUAAAAAGUAAGCUUUUUGAAAAGAUUGGCUUACUCCAGUUUGUGGACGCCUCUGGAAACACCUGGGACGCUGAGGUGAGGAUGGAAGGCUUUUCCGAUAAUGAGAAAAAAUGUGUUUGCGAAUGUAUUGAGAGACUGAGAAACGGUUUUUAUCCCAUCUGGGUUUAAGCCGGUUGGCACGGGGGAGAGACUGAA